UGGAUAACACUCCUCAGAAGAAACAGGAGAAUGAAGUCAGGCUUUCUAAUGUACUUGAUGGCACUAAUUUUUGCAAGAAAGCCCCUGCGGUAAGUGCUUAGUUGUCAAUACCUAUUAACUCAAAUCAGAACUUGUACAAUACCGAAGAGUUUAAUGCGAUUUCUCCAAACCACCCAUGCACUGAUAGGAAGUCUGAAGUAAUUAAUGUGUCGCCUCUGAAGCAUCCCAUUCUGUCUGAAAAGAGUGAGAUCUCUCGGGUUAUUAAUGGCCAAACUUCAUAUAACGAUAAAAAACUUAUUAAGCCUUCUAAGAGGAACAAGAAUUCAGUCAAGAAGAAGAGCAAUUUUCUGAUUCAUGAUAUGAAGAAUACUACUUUAAAAGAUUUAUUACCCAAGAUGAGCACUAAGAGAUCAAAGCGAAGACAGCCAAGGGGUUUUAGUAUGGAAGAUGGUAAAUUUAACCAUAAUUCUCCUACUAAGUACAACUUUUAUCCAUCCAGAAGAAUCAGUAAACUCUCAUCAGCAGACUUUGGAAGUACUUCUAAAAGAAAAUAUGAAGAUAGGUCUUGAGAAGAUGCUAAUACAAUAUUUUCAAUGAGAUUUCAAACACAUAAAGGAAAUUUCAGGAAAAAUAAGGCUUCAUGAGCAAAUCCAGAGAUGUCUCCAAAGACAAACUUCACUAAUGACUUCUCUUUUGAUAAAUUUGAAAAAGUUCCCUCUAAUAAAAUGCCAAAGAUGUAUGGUAAUGCUCAUGGAUCAACCCAUUCAAUGAUGUAUAAUCAACCGAUGAGCCACCAAAGAUUUGUUCGUAACAAAAGAACUCCCUUAAAAUUAGAUGAAACUAUGAGCCAUAAAAAUGACAGCCAGAAUCCAUCUAGCCAUAAGACUAAAAACAUCAAAAUGCCAAUGUUCUUACUCAGAAAGAAGAUGAAGCAAGCUAUGAAAGAGGAAGAAGUCAAAAAGAAAUAUUUCAAGAAAAGUGGAGACCCAGACUUUAGUCUGGGAAGAUUAGAGAAUCAUAAAGAUUCUAUCAAGCUGAAAUCAGGCUACAAUUUAGAAAUAUUGCCUCAAGGGAAUAAAGUAGUUUCUGAAGCCACCCAACAUCCUUCCAUGUCUGAAUAUAGAGGGUCUUUUAGUGCGAGCAUGGAUACUAGCAAAAUGAUCGCAGACACAGGAGGUCUGCUAUUAAUCAAACAACAAAAUAAAGAUUUUAAGAGCUCAUUUAAUCACUUUAUGAAGAUAGCAAGAGAGAACCAAUCUAAAUUAGCAGAAUCUUCCAUAAAAAUUAAGAGAUUGAAUAAAAACUUACAUGAUAUUGCUUCUCUUCAGUCAGUUCCUCAGAAAGACAUCGACUUUGAUGAUCUUAAGAACCUGUCUAUUGAACACAAGUGUGAUAUAGACUUCAAUGACUCUCAUGAAAUGGAGGAUAUACAGAAAGAUUUCAGGAAGAUAUCCACUAAACUGAAUCAUCAACUUGAAAAAAUUCAUCAUUAUUCAAACAAUAUCUCUGCAAUAACUCAGCCUAAAGGACAAGAGGAGGGGGAAGAAAUGCAGGAAUUAAAACUUCUGAUUAAGAAACUCAAUUCCGAUAAUUCGUCCUAUAAUCGUCCUAAAUACAUCGAUUCUCUCAGAAUCAAAGCAGAGAAUGCAAAAAUAAAUAAUGACCAGUUGCGCACGGAGGAAGAAAUUAUCUUAAGAAUGCAAGAUCGGGAUAAAUAAACUCCAACAAGCUUAUAAGAAGUAUAAACUUGAAAAUAUCCCUGAGGAAGAGUUCUUAAGACACAUAGCAGCCUCCGAUCCUACCAACCCACCUAAAAGCCCUUCAAAACAGAAGACAACACAAGAGACUAUUAAGAAAAGAAUCUUUAGAGGGAAGCAUCCAAGGUUGAAGCAUAAACUUCCACAGUCACAUAAUGAUGUAGGGCAGAUCAAUAUCUCAAUGUAG